ACGCCCGCGUCGUCCCCGUCCCCGUCCCCGCGAAGUCCGUGAGGAUUUCCAUCGCGUUAUGAAACAUAAAAUAAAAAAAUUAUAAUAAACAAUACUAGUCUUAUAGCCGGGUAAAAAUAUUCUGGGUAUUUCUGAAUAAGUUUAAGUGAAAAAUUGACACAACUUUUCUUUAAUGGAGAAAAAUACUUACUUAGUGCUUAUUUUUUGUUAAUUUAACAAUUUACAACUCUACCUACCUUCAAGUAAAAAAUAUUGUGUAGGUACAUACACCUUACUUCAUUAAAGUUUGUUUUCACAGUUGUUUUUCAAUGUCAAUUUAUAAUAUUUCAAAGUCCAAGUCAAUAUCAUCUAUUUCAAUUAGACCAGUAGCUCAGGAAGGCACUUAUGAACGUAGAACAAAAAAUUUAAGUGUCAGCCUGUCCUCUACUGAAUCUAUUUGCUCGUUCCAAAGUGUAGAUUCCUAUCGAUUAAAGCGAGCAAAGAACUCCAUAGGUUUUAUAAUCACUAUAAACUUUAUGUUAACUAUCUAUUUAACUCGUCAAGUACCGUCAUUAUAGACACAAUUAUUGAACAAUAGGUUGCAGUCACCGGUGACCACUUGGUGUUUGACAGUUUAUAUUAUGAGUUCAAAAUUUAAUCAUCUCACAACUCUGAAAAAGUCUGAAAUAAUUAUGUUGUACAAGCAACGUGUAUCCAAUAUCGAAAUCGCUAAACGCACUAAUUUAUCGGAUAAAUUAAACGUGCUGCUAGUUCGAGUGUACUCAUAUUUUGCUAGUGAGAAUGCAGGACUGUCACAGGCACAGCUCCGACAGCGCACGGCUCUGUGCAGCGGCGUCAGCAACGAAGACGUAGAACGAGCAUUAGAAGUACAUCAUCAGGCGCAGUAUGCUAAGGCACCAGCCAGGAAGCGACGGAGAAUACGGAGAAGGAAAUCAAAUACACCAUCGCCGGAACAUCAAGAGCAGUCACACCCAAUGGAGGAACUUCAUGAAGAAAUGGUUUUUGUUAAGAAUGAAAACGACACAAGCAAUGAGGAAAAUCCCCUUGCCUACAAUGAAGACACCAAGCCUGAUGUAGCUGAUAUACCUGUACAGGAACCAUCAUCAUCACCAGACCAGCAACAAUGUGAGACUGAAGAUUUAAAGACAUUAUACUUGAAGACUGAGCCACGAGGAAAACUACGAACAUACCCCUCCCAUAGAUCAGCACACGAGAAAUCAAAACGCAACAGUUAGAAAAAACAGAAUAAGGAUUCAGUUAGCAUAAUUAUUUUUUUUUUUUAUUCACGUCCUCUUAUUUUGCCUUCAACAUCGGCGUGCAAAAAUAAUGU